GUGGUUUUGUUUAUUAGGAAGAGGCUGGCGUUUAACUGAGUUAGUGACUAUACCGCUAUUUAGCUAUUAAAUAUAACCGCACAGACUCGAAAGAAAUAAGAAAAGGGCCAGUUUUAAAAAGAAGUUUAAGGAUAAGUUCGCAGGUUUAUUAUAUUUUACCGUCUACGCCCAAUAAUGGUUCAUUUUAGCUUCUCAGCCUCGAAGAGCUAACUGCAGCUACGUUUCCACAAAUCAUAAAUGAAGUGGAGACUAAAUUAGGAAUAGAGCUUAAGAUAUGCGGUCUCUGAACUAUGUGCAGAGGGUUAGUUUGGAUUUCACAGGAACCCUGUUUCCUCAUGCUAUUUGUCUCGGAGACGCAGACAACGACUCGAGUGAAACUGUUUGUCUGUCUUCGUUUGCUGAAGCUGAACGAGCUGGUUGUAGGAGACACGAGCGGGAAGCUGCUCAUUUACAAGAACGAUGACUCCAAACCGUGGAUCACUAGAACCUGUGUGGGAAUGCUGACCUGCGUCGCAGUCGGAGACGUCUGCAACAAAGGAAAGAACCUCGUGGUCGCAGUGGGCGCUGAAGGCUGGUUUCACCUCUUUGACCUCACGGCCGCCGCUCCAGGCAAAGCAGAUUCCUCCAGUCAACACGAGUUCCUGUCGUUUGACGACCAGAAGCCCUUCUUCACCCAACACAUUCCUGCCAACACCAAAGUCAUCCUCAUCAGCGAUAUCGACGGAGAUGGGCGCUGUGAGCUGGUGGUGGGAUACACGGACCGAGUGGUGCGAGCGUUUCGAUGGGAGGAGCCGUCGGACGGUUCGGACGCGGGGUCUGGUCAGUUGGUUCUCCUGAAGAAAUGGCUCCUGGAGGGACAGGUGGACAGUCUGUCAGUGAACCCGGGUCCUGAGGGUUUACCGGAGCUGAUGGUGUCUCAGCCGGGCUGCGGCUACGCCAUCCUCCUCUGCUCCUGGACGCAGCAGGACUCCACGGGCUCCGAAGACGACGGCCCUGCCACGCCCGGGAGCGAGGGGCCGUCCAGGGACGUAGUUCUCCAUCUGACCACCGGGCGGAUCCACAACAAAAACGUCUCCACUCAUCUCAUUGGCAGCAUCAGUAAAGGUUCAAAAGAGGAAUCUUCUAAAUGUGGACUAUUUGCUCUCUGUACUUUAGACGGAACCCUGAAGCUGAUGGACAGCUCGGAGCAGCUGCUGUGGUCGGUGCAGGUGGAUCAUCAGCUCUUCGCCCUGCAGAAGCUCGAUGUCACUGGAGACGGCAGAGAGGAGGUGGUGGCGUGCGCUUGGGACGGUCAGACCUACAUCAUCGACCACAACCGGACGGUGGUGAGGUUCCAGUUCGACGAGAACGUCAACGCCUUCUGUGCGGGUCAGUAUACGUGUAAGGAGGGUAAGAACAGCCCCUGUCUGGUGUAUGUCAGCUUCAACCACAAAAUCCACAUCUACUGGAAGGUGGAGCUGGAGCGCAUGGAGUCCACCAACCUGCUCCGGGUGCUGGAGGAGAAACCGGAGUUCAGGAGCCACCUGAAGAUGCUGGGAGUCGAUCCAGAGAAUUCGGCUGCAGUGAAAGCGCUGGUGGCCAAUGUUCUUUACAAGGAUGCCGGGACGUAGCUCCGUGACACAAAUCCCCAAUGCUGCCUUGUCUGUUUCCCCCCCUGACUGUAAAUACUCUGUUAAUAAACACUGACUGACUGUCCCCCAC